CCCCGCCGGCCCCGGGGCAGCAUGGAGGAGCGGGAGCUGCAGGAGCGCGAGUUCUUCUCGUGGGAGGAGUUCAGCGGCUUCUUCGACGCCUGGUGCGAGCAGCGCAAGGUGCUCUUCUUCGUCAAAAACUCGGUGCCGCUCAGCAAGUGCAAGUGGGCCGCCGCCCCGCCCCUGCCCGCCGUGGUCGACGCCCUCAAGUACAGCUCCGUCAGGCUCGUCUGCAAGGACGUGCGCGGACCCGCCAAGGCGGCCGGACGCGCCCCCCAGAAGGGCUGCACGGCCUCCAUCGUCCUCAAGAUGAGCCCCCGGCGGGACCGCCUCAUCGUCACCGAGUGCCAGCUGGCCCACAACCACGCCCUGUGCCCCAUCGAGUUCGCCUACUACUUCCGCAAGGGCUACCUCCUGGCCAACUCCUGCCUACCCGUCCGCACCACCAACAAGAUCUCCAAGCAGUUCGUGGCCCCGGCCGACGUCCGCCGCCUCCUGUCCUACUGCAAGAGCCGGGCCCACGGGGUCCUCGACGCCCUGCGGGUGCUGGAGUGGCUCUUCGCCGGGGACCCCGGGGCCAAGGUCAAGCUGGUCUUCGUGGAGGAUCAGGUGAUCGUGAAGACGGUCUUCUUCCUGACCUCGGCCAUGAUGGCCCUGCUGCGGCGGUACCCGCUCAUGCUCUUCUUCGACCGCAUGCUCGGCCUGAACGAGGAGCUGGACCUCUACACCGUCCUCUGCGUGGACGGCACCGGGCGCGGGCGCGAGGUGGCCUGCUGCCUGACCCAGAAGGCCACCCCGGACCUGCUGCGCUUCACUCUGGCCUCCCUGGUGCAGAGCGUGCCGGAGGUCAAGCCCCGCGUCCGCUGCGUCACGGUCGGCGUCGAGGUCGGCCCCCAGCUGGACGCGGUCCGCGAGCUGCUGCCCAACGCCCGCGUCCAGAUCUGCCGGGCCCAGGUCCUGGAGACGCUCUUCAGCAAGGCCCAGGAGCUGGGGGCCGGCGAGGACGGGCGGCUCUGGCCGCUGCUCUGCCGCCUGGCCGGGGCCCCCUCCCCGGCGGCCUACGGCCGGGCCCGCCGGGAGCUGGGGGCCUGCUGCCCCGCCGCCUUCGUCAGCUACUUCGAGCGGCGCUGGCAGCCGCGCUGCGAGAUGUGGGCCCGGUUCUGGGCCUUCGAGACGGCGCGCAACGUCAACGCCUGCGAGCUGGUCGGCCAGCACCGCCGCCGCCUCUUGGCCGGCCUCAGCCCCUCCCCCACCGUGGCCCAGUGCAUCCUGGACCUGGUGGCCCUGCAGCGGGAGGAGGAGGACGACGAGGAGGAGGAGGAGGAGGAGGAGGACGACGACGAGGACGAGGACGCCGACCAGCGGGAGGAGCCGGGCCGGGAUGACGGGGGCCAAACGGAGAGGGUCGGAUGGGAAACGGGGGUGACCGGAUGGGGGACGGCACCUCCUCUGGAGGUAGAGGUGGAACUGUCGCCCGGACGAGACACGGAAGACCCCGGCUGGGAGUCGGGGGCGGCGAGGGGGCGGCCGAGGGAGUCCGGACCGGAGGCCGGGACUCCCCCGGGGUCCGGGGACCCGCGGGCAUCCGGGAGGGGCGCGCCGGCGUCCCCGGAGGACUCUAGCCGGGGGGCGGGGGGAGCCAAAGGGCACGGAGGGACCGGGUCGGCACCCGGGCGGGAGACGGACCCCGCCGGGUGGGAGACGAAGAUGUCCAGGUGGGAGACGGGACGGGAGCCGGCGGCCUCCAGAUGGGGAUGGGAGGCUCCGGGGGCCUCCGGGAGGGAGGCCGGGGGGUCGGGCGGGGCGGAGGGCGAGGGGCCGGAGGUGGCCUGGUUCCGGGCGGCCUGCGGGGCGGAGGGGGCGGGGCUGGUGGCCGAGGAGCUGGGCUUCGCCCGGCAGCACGGGGCGCGGGGGUUCCGGGCCGCGGCGGGCGGCGGGUACGCGCUGUGGGACGGGGCCUCGGAGUUCCGGCUGGACGGAGCCCUGACGCGCUGCUCCUGCUCCAUCCACGCCACCCGCCACCUGCCCUGCCGCCACCUCUUCGCCGCCCGCAUCCUCACGGGUGCCGCCCUGGUGGACGUGGCGCUGCUGAGGGACAGCUGGGCCGGGGCAGACGGACCCUGAGGGGUCCCGGGCCCCGCCCGCCUUCCCUCGGCCCCCGGCGGUAGUCGUCUCCUCGGAGCAGAUCUGGGAUGUCGCCGGGGUCCGGGAGCUCCCGCAAGUCCGGAUCCUCAGAGCGCGGGCCGGCGCCCGGCGCGGGGAGGGGCCGGGAUGCUCCGUCCUUGGCUCUGGGGAGCGGUCGUGGGGCGUUGGCUGGGAGACUCGCAUCCCCGAGGUGGAGGCCGGGGCAGCCGGGGACCCGCGGCUCUCCGGCGGGCACGUGAGAAACGACCGGGCCCCCGGAGUUCCUGGGUCCUCGGCUUGACGGCCGGGGACCGUGGUUCCCGCGUGGGGCCGGUCGGGGAGGGAGGACGCCCGGGUCCCCGGCCGCUGGUCGGGACGGGAACUCGGGACCUCCGAAUGGAGGAGGACGGGCGCCGAACGGGAGAAAAGGAAGAUUGGAGCGGAGGGUGGGGGGGGGGGGGGAGAGCCGGACGACCGAAACCCCGAGUCCGUUCCCCCCGCCCUCAAUUCCCUUCGCUGACUCUGGAGAGCCUGCUGAGGCAGGACAGGGAAAGGGGAAUGGCUGAGGAGGAGGAGGACUCCGGGAAACCGAGUUGGCGAAGGGCCGAGGGGAACCCCGGCAUCCGGGCCCCUGGCAGCGGCGGAGGGUUACACCCCCCCCCCAGCUCGUCUGUAGAAGUGUCACAAGUGACCACAGCAAAUAAAAAUGUUUUAUUUUCGUUUCCA